GAUAACUUCCGACAUAGUCACAAGUUCACACGAUUUCCGCGAGUCAGUCCAAAAGUAACGCUUUAGAAACUCGCGGUGGAUUGCGGUGACGCAGGUGAAACUCUAUAAAACCACUUUGCAGAUUACUUACUUACUUCGUAAUGUUGAGACUACGCCUACAAUUGCUCGCAGCAAUUGCUUUCAGCGCGCUCGCAUGGACCCAUGCGGCCAGCACUUUCUCGGGCGCCUCGUUCAGUCGCAUUGUGGGUGGUACAGCGGCGCGUGAUAUCAGCAUACCGUACAUAGUGUCGUUGAGGACAUUCAGCUUCCAUAUUUGUGGUGGUUCGAUAAUCAAUGCGCGUACCGUGCUCACUGCAGCCCAUUGUCUGGUGGCCAGCGAUGCUAGGGAUUUACAAAUCCAUGCUGGCACGAAGACACGCUCCUCGCAUGAGGGUGUAUUGAUCGAUGUUGCGGCUAUACAUUUCGAUCGUCGCUUCAGCAUGGACACUAUGGAUUACGAUAUCGGUUUGGUGCGUCUGGCUCGUGCACUUACCUUCAGCUUACGCAUACAACCAAUCGCCUUGCCCGCCGCCGGCGAUGUAGUGUUGGAUGAUGAUGUCGCUUUGGUCGCUGGUUGGGGUUACAAGUCCGCUUAUGGUCCAGGCUCUUACGUUUUACAAUACGCUCGUGUUCCGAUUAUUAAUCAGGCUGUCUGCAAUAAGCAGUUGGAAGGAUCCGUCACUGAUCGCAUGCUCUGCGCUGGCUAUGCCAAAGGUGGCAUCGAUGCUUGCCAAAUGGAUUCAGGUGGUCCCCUGGUGGUGGAUGAGAAAUUAGUGGGCAUUGUGUCGUGGGGUGUGGGUUGUGCACAGCCCAACAAACCUGGUGUUUACACACGCGUAUCAGCGCUGAUCGACUGGGUACAGACCACUUUGGCAGAACAGUAUUCGGACAGCAUUCCGAGAGAUAAAAAGAAAUAAGAAAAUAAAUUGUGGAACCGAGAAUUACUUAUGAGAAAAUUGAUUCAAAUAAAUAUUGGUUUAAUGGAAAUAUGAUAUAAA